AUGUUAUCAAAACACGAAGGGUUACACAACACAUGCAAUGAAGCGUACCAAAAACGUUGCGGGGAAUACAGUAAGAAAUACGUGGGCAAAACUAAUUGCACGAAGUACCCUGAUGGCAAAUGCCAGAACAACGAUAACGAAACUGGGAAGGUUCCUCAAACGAAAAUACACCGUUUGGAUAAACAAACCAAAUCAAAAAGAAAUUCUAACAAAAGACCAAAACUAGUAAAAACCAGGAAAAAUGCAACCGAAAACUCUUCUUUAACAAGGAUGAGCAAUUUGGGAAAAGAAAUCAAUUUUAAAAUAUCAUCUAAGAAAAGACGAACGAUAGAUAUAAUUACCACAUUUGGUUGUAAAGAUGCGGCACAUUUCGAGAGAAACAUUGGCAUUGAUAUUCGCCCUCUGCCUCCCGCACGGACAUCAUGA